CUCGCCGUUACGUGUAAUUUGUGAAAGUCCAAUGGUUCCCAGUUUUACUUUCAUGUUGUGUGCGUGACCAGCUGCCAGUCUGUCAUGUCCAUUCCAGUCUGGACAUUCCUCCCACUUCUACAGGACGCUUGUGUUCCUUCUGGCCUUCCUGUGUGCUGGGAUGGAUGAAUCAAGGCCGCUGCUGCCCAGGAGACAAUCAUCAUCUGAAUCCACGCUUCGAAAAUCCAAUCUGCUCCUGGCGGUUUUUGCCGCCGUUUUGGGGAACUUCAACUUUGGUUAUUCUUUGGUCUAUCCGUCCCCCGUCCUGCCGGUGCUCCAAGGUCCUGAUGCGGACCCCCGGCUGAGGAUGGACACCUCCCAGGCCGCCCUGUUCGGCUCAGUCUUCAUGCUGGGCGUGGCCGGCGGCGGGCUGGCGGCCAUGCUGCUCACGGACCUGAUCGGAAGAAAGCUGAGCAUCAUGGCGUCAGCAAUACCUUCUGCUAUUGGUUACCUGUUAAUGGGAGGGGCUACAGAGCUGUGGAUGCUCCACCUUGGCCGUAUCCUCACAGGUGUUGCCGGCGGGGUGACAUCAGCAUCCAUUCCUGUGUACAUCUCAGAGAUCUCCCAUAAAUCCCUGAGAGGAACACUGGGCUCCUGCCCUCAGUUCACUGCCGUGUUUGGAGCAUUGGUGCUCUAUGCUCUAGGUCUUGUGUUACCUUGGCGGUGGCUUGCAGUGGUCGGGGGGGUGCCAGCAUUGCUGAUGGUGGUCCUGCUGGUCUUCAUGCCCGACUCCCCCAGAAGGCUGCUGAGCCUGGAGAGAGAGCAGCAGGCUGAGCUGGCUCUGCGCUGGCUGAGAGGAGCGGACUACGACGUGCAGAGCGAGCUUGAUGCCAUUAAGCUCAGUGUCAGCCUGCAGAGACAUCUCCCAUGGUCCCAGCUGGCCAAGCCAGUCUACUACCGGCCGAUCAUCAUCUCCGUGGUGAUGCGUUUGCUGCAGCAACUCACCGGCAUCAGUCCCAUUCUAGUCUACUUGCAGCCCAUUUUUGCUCAGAGCAACGUCUCGCUGGAUCCUGGGUAUGACGCUGUAAUCGUGGGCUUGGUUCGCCUCCUUUCCGUUACCGUGGCAGCGGUUUUGAUGGACAAGGCCGGGCGUAAAGUUCUCCUGUACACCUCAAGCUUCCUGAUGUUCUUGUCCACCCUGACCCUGACCAUGAUUUCCUUCAAUGCGCCUCACCUACCUGGCCCCGGACCCUCCAACCUCACUCUAAGUGCUUUACACACCACAGCUGCAGGCCCCAUUCCACUUAUCAGCGUUAUGGUAUUCAUUUUUGGAUACGCCAUGGGUUGGGGGCCCAUCACCUGGCUGCUGAUGUCAGAGGUGUUACCUCUCGUGGUCAGGGGCGUGGCCUCGGGCCUGUGCGUGAUGGUCAGCUGGUUGACGGCCUUUGCCCUCACCGACGCCUUCACACACCUGGUGGACAGGUACGGCCUGUACGUGCCGUACCUUUUCUUCACCGUGGUGUGCGUCCUGUGCCUGCUCUUCACCGCCGUCUGCGUCCCGGAGACUCGCGGCCGCUCACUGGAGGAAAUAGAGAACUAUUUCAGGACACGGAGGUUUACCAUUGAGUGUGAAUAUUCCAAUGGGGGGCAACAUCCAUUUCCUACCGCUUGUCCCUCUCGGGGACAAGAUGAAUAAAUAUGCAACUGCA